UCUAUGGCCGGUCCGGAAGCUCAUGCUCGUGCUUCCUUUGCGGUGAAUCUGGUGAAUCGGUAGCUUUCGGUGGUAGUACGGUUUCGAAGAAAAAGGAGAAGCGCUACACUCUUUGCCGUUGCUCCAUAUUGUGAUUGAAACGACCUCGACUGUUAACGAAAAUGUGAUCCAAAAGCUGAAGAGUACUGACAAGUGUACACAUUGUCGCGAAAGCCAAUCGUGCUUCCUCCAUGAGGGCCUGGUUUUCAGUUUAGGACAUCAUGAUCGCCAAACAAGCAUCUAGACAGCCGCUGAAAGAAAAGUUUGUUCAGAUCUACGAAGGAUUUUUCAAGGGCGUCGAUCCUUCAGCGAAUAAUCAAAAUUUUUGGGACGAACUGUUCUUGUUAAAGGUCAAUGUGAACUUUAUACAACAACAGUUUGACAACCUGUCAGGGGAAGAUCUCGUCAGACUCAAGGAUACAAUAAACAACCUCUUUUAUCACUGCGUACAAGCCUUGCGAAGUGACCAUCGUAUACGAGUAGUGAAUGCUUUGCAGACACUGUGUGCCCUUAUUCAAGGUGUCUACAAGAAAUCUCAUGGCGACUAUGGCUUUGACAUCAUCAAUCUCCUCAUUGGAUUUGAUAUGGCUGAAGCAACAAUGCAGGAACUGAUUGAAUUGAUCCGUGGCUUUCUGGAAGGUGAUUACACUCACAGCCUUAAAUCUUUGGUCCUCCGGUUUCUGCUCGUGCUUGUAACAGCUACUGAAAAUGUUAGCAAUAACACGCUGCUGGAGUAUGUCAUGAUGAACUGUGUUUUUGAAGCCAUUCUACAGCUGCUUGCAGACAAGCAUUCUCGAGCACACUGUGGCUAUGAUGCGGUCUUGGUCUUGACAAUUCUUGUGAGCUAUAGAAAGUAUGAGGCAGCCAACCCUUACAUUGUGAAGCUUUCUAUUGUGGACAAUGAACUGGCAUUGAAUGGGUAUGGAAUGGUUGUAUCCACUGCCCUUGCUGAAUUCAAUCGACAAUUUCUGCAAGAACAAGCUGAGCCUCAAGCUGGUCUCUUGUCUACAGUAACCAACUUUGUUGGCACCAUGUUCCUUACUGAUGAGGGAGCACCCAUGAAAGACUCCGGAAGGAGCGAUGAUGCUGUUCUUCUUGCCCUGUAUGAGGCUGUUCACUUAAACAGGAACUUCAUAACGAUCCUGACAAAUUCUCAGACAGAGUCUUGUGCAACUGCAUCUGCCCCAACCAGCGGUGCUGCAUCUCCUACGGAACACUCGCCACAUGACCUAGUCCCUGUUGAUGUCAAUACCAUGGAUCAGCCGCCAUCCAACCUGCUUGUCACAUUCCUGGAGUUCUGUUCCAUUGUAAUGCAAAAAACAAAAGUUGAAGCCAAUGCAAACACGACUAAGCUUGGGUUCAUCAUUCUUACCUGCAUCACUGAAGAUCAGUAUGCCAAUUCCAUGAUGCAUGAUGUCAACAUGGUCUUCAAGGUUCAGCUGCAUAGAAUGCCCAUGCGUCAUCGUAAGGUGACACCUCUGCGAGAUGUUCAUUCUCGUCCCCUAGCCUGUGCACUCUUGGACCUCAUGGUGGAGUUUAUCUUCAGCCAUAUGAAAAAGAACCUGCUGAUUGACCUCUACCAGCGGUGCUUAGGUAUAAUUCACCGGCUACUUUGCUACCAGAAGAAGUGUCGAGUGCGGCUUCAGUACAGCUGGAAGGAGUUGUGGACAUCACUGAUCAGCCUACUCAAGUUCCUGCUGAGCCGAGAGUCAGACUUUGUCAAGAAACAUGACAUCUUCCAGUUGGCUAGUCAAGUGGUGAACAUCUUCAACCUUUUCAUUACAUAUGGAGACACCUUCCUGCCUUCACCUGGGAGCUAUGAUGAACUCUACUAUGAGGUCAUCCGUAUGCACCAGGUCUUUGACAGCAUGUACUCAAUGGCACUACGUUACACAACUGGAGACAGCCAGUGGAAGGACUCUGCAGCCAAACUUUCGAAUCAUUUGGUAAAUGUCAGGGCAAUUGUGAACCACUUCACACCAAAAAUUGAUUCUUGGUCUGCAGCCAACCACAUGUCAGCACUGACGGAAAAACAGGUUUUGGAUGUUGUGAGAAGCAACUAUGACACGUUGACACUAAAACUUCAUGACAAUCUUGACCAGUACGAAAAGUACUCGGAAAAACCAAAAGAGUCUCCAUUUUUCACCCUGAUGAUUCGAAAUGUGGUCUCGGACUUCAGGCAGAAACUUACACUGUCUGGUUUGGGCCAGGACAGCGUCUUGAAGGAGUUCUCUACCAUAGCCUAGAAUAAAUUUUUCAAUUAUUUAGGACUUAUCUCCAGCGUCCAGACCAUGUUUGCAUUUGUGCUCAGGUGGGGAAGAGCCUAGAUUGAAUUUGGAAGAAUAUGUGAGCCGAAUAGUGGCAAUUGGACCAAACCAAAAACUUAGCGACACCAUCUAUGCAUGUGGCAACAGUCUAAGCUUCAACCGGUGGUGUAAGAUGUGUGCUUAAUUCAGCAUACGAUGACAUAUAUAUAACUGGUCGUUUACUGCUUUUUGCACCUAUAGUGCAGUAAGUCAUGCACCUAAACUUUCAUCUGUAUGAAGAAAAAUGGGAGUGAGAGGACCUCAUAGCAUACUUUUUUCUGGCCAUAAAGCUGCAGGCAAGCUCUUUUGUUGUGUUCUUCAUGAGUAUAAUGAAGUUAAUGGGCAUACUUCAUGAACCUUUGUAUGUUGCCAUAGGACUAGUGAAAAAAGUGGAGCAAGUUAAAGUAGCAUGCUGGCCGAAAAAGGUUUUGUCAUGAGGACAGUGCUGUAUAUCAUUAUUGAACAAUUAUAAAAUAAUGCACAAAGACACUACAGGUUGCUAUAGGUUAAAGUGAAACAGCCAUGUCCACAUGACAUCUAAAAUUUUGAUGAAAAUUACAUGUGUUGUGGAUCUUCGAUGUGAUAACCAAUGGUUUUUGCUGCCAAAAGUAUUGCCCACCUUCAAAAGAAUAGCAGGAAAGAGAUGCUCGAAGCCACAGGUAGCCACUUUCAGUGAACUUCAUAAUAUUUUAACAUUGACAUUUACUACAUAAAUACUUAAAAGGAGGAAUCUUAAGUGUUGCUUUUCAUUUCUUUUUACAAAAGUAUAUUUGAACGAAAACAUCCCAAACGUUGCAAAAUUAUACACCCUAGUGGUAAUUUAAACUUUAAUUUCUUGAAUGCAAUUUUAGUAUGAAUGCCACGGUUGCUUAAUUAAGCAAAUUAGUUGUGUAUCUUUCUUAUUUACCUUUCUCUAAUUUUUUUAUCUGGCAAUAUUCUUGCCUCAAAAUUUCACUUAUAUGUAAGCUGCUCGAUCAGUGUUCUAAAUAUUGAACAUCGUUUUAAGCAAUAAGGCUAUCAUUGUUCCGUACUUAGUAAGCAGUGAAGCAAGAAAUGUAGCAUUAUUUAGUCUAAUUGUUACCCAUGUGGUUGGUCCAGCUUGUGCUUAUUUUCAGCGCAUGAUAAUAUUGACACCAGAUCAUUCAAGAACAUUUCAAGCACAUCAUGAACUGUGAUGAAAUGCAUUAUAAGCAUAAAAGGGUCACUUAACAAUGCACAUUGCUGGGCUAGUCACUUCAUACAAGACAAUGUGAGAGCAAAGAAAACUGGACAAGUGCAGUAGUUUCAUGUUGUCCUUGCAGUCUUGUUCGCUGUUGUGUUGUCGCCAUUCGUACUCAUUCAAUUAUUCUCUGGUGCCUCUAGCUGGCAUGUUCCUCCCUUUCCUCUCAAUAUUUUUUGUUUACUCUUUUUCUUUAUGUGUCCUUUCUAUUCCCUUUGAGGCUGGUGGGCACCUUUCAGAGACAGCUGCCAACUUGUCUCAUUUAUUAGUUUUUCGCUUUGUAUAGGAAUAGUAAUUUUAAUGCACAAAUAAAAAGGCAGCUGGUUCAUUUCACUGCCCCUGCAUAACCUGCCCUUGCGUGCAGAAUGCCAUAACCAGCCAGGUUAUUAAGGGGAGCACUGUGAGUUGAGUGCCACAUGCUAAUUUUAAUAUGGUUGCAUUACGGUCUCGUUCUGUAUACUUUUAGUUGUUUUGCGAGGCAGUAAAGGAAUGAACUGCUGUGUUAAAAGAAAGAGAAUCAAAGGAAAGAGGAUAUUAAAAUAAAAAAAACAACAAUACACUUAUGUGACAGGAAAUGAGGGCAUUAACACUAGCCAUAAUAGGCCAUAUUUGCCUAUUUUCUUUCUUAAGUUCAUUAUUGCAUUUCUAAAAUGAAAUAAUUGUGCAGAUUUCACCUUAUGUUUUCUUUGUUAAGAGGCACAAUGUACACAGAUACUGUAUAAUAUUAAAUGACAGAUGCUCGGUGUUAAAACAGGCAGUUCACUAAAUGACCUUUGAUGGCCUCAUGCACCUUACUUUUCGGCUGGUAGGUGAAUUUUUUUAUUGAGAAAUGAAUUUUGUCAAGACCUGAGUAUGGGUUCAAGAUUUGAAGGAUGUAAAUUUUGUAUUCAAAUUAAAAAAUAACCGGUCAUGCUCAUUAAAUAUUUACAACGAAUAGAGGCUCUUAUUAUCUACAGUGGAGCAUUAUUUUUCAUUUUUGUCACUUCUGUACCUUGUGGUGAAACAGGCUGUUAUAUUGCAGGGCUUGUUUGUUAGGGUUAGUUGGUGCAGUGAAUUCAUGGUAUUCUUUGAGGCAAUAAGGCCCAGGUGAGAGAGACAGUAAUGUAUGCAUGUUGCUUACAAUUUUAGAGGUUGAGCAAGUUUCUUUGGGAGGGAGGCUGCAUUGAGGAUGUAUCUGUUAUAUCAGUUAACAUCCUUGCCUAAAACCAUUUGACAGGGUAGUAUACAAUUGACCUUCUGGUUUUUCACACCUGGUUGGCUUUUCUUACCAUGAAAAAAUUCAAGUUUUUACCUUUGUGGUUUCCGGCAAAGUGAAUUUUUUCAUGGCAUCUUAAGUGGCAAUUUUUUAUGGUGAACAAGAAGUGAAAUUUGUUUUGUUUGAUGUGCAUAUGUUCUUAUUGUAAAUGUUUCUUAUAACAUGUACUUGUUUUUUUUGUAUUUAUUGACUUACAUUAAACAGACAACCAAUUUUUAACACUGGCUUAGUGGCUGUUUUGCAAGGUUGUUAGUAUUGAAGCUCUUUUUUUGCAUUGUUCUUUGUGUGCUUAUUGACCACACAGCAGUCAGAACAUUGCCACUUAUGCAUUUAUUGGCUUCAAGUAAUUUGGCAAUUUAGUUCAUUACUUUGGUUCUUUUUUCAUCACUCAUAAAGCAAUAAGCAUUUAGUCAACAGCAUGAAAUGUGGCAGUGCGUUUUUUUCCCCAACACAAACAUUGCUUAAAGCUAGGUGCUUUCCUUGUGCAUAACAGUGAUAUCAGUUAGUGUUUGAUCCUUUGAAGUGCCAUUAUGCCAUCCUUGAUAUAUUUCCAUUUGUGCUGUUCUUGCUUGAAAGCUUAGGUGUUGAAACAGAAUCCUAGAUAGCAAAACAAUUUAUUGCUUAGUUCCAGGGACAUCUCACUCUGUGGCAGAUGCUUUAUAUUAUUAGAUUUCUGUGUACAGUUGAGGUGUCCUGCUAAUAUGAAUAGAAUGUUGUUUUUGUGAUGCAAGACAUUGUUCCUUACCUGAAACAUGUCAUGUGUGCGUCAUUGCUUUUGUUCUUUAUGGUAGUCUGGCUUUGCAAAUAAACACCUCUCUAUUCAUGCUUAGCAGUCUUAUGACGCACAGACCAUCUGAAUGUAAUGCUGUUCUGAAUAGGGCGACCAUGUUUUGCUUUUGUAGUUGUGGCUACUCGCGUCAUUUACUUGCUCCAGUAAAAAGUGCUAUUUUGCAAAC